AUGGGGGCAGGAGCUCUCGCCGUCUGUCAAAGUAAAGCCACAGUUCGGCUGAAAGAAGACAUGAAAAAGAUAGUGGCAGUGCCACUAAGUGAGCAGAAGAAUUCUACCUAUAAAAAGUUAUUUGGUGUCAGCCUCCAAGACCUUCAACAGCAGGGACUCACUGAGAAUGGCAUUCCGGCGAUAGUGGGGAAUAUCGUGGAGUACUUGACAAAGAAUGGGCUCACCCAGGAAGGCCUUUUCAGGGUGAACGGCAACGUGAAGGUGGUGGAGCAGCUGCGCCUCAAGUUCGAGAGCGGCGCCCCGGUGGAGCUGCGGGAGGACGGCGACGUGUGCGCGGCGGCCAGUCUGCUGAAGCUCUUCCUGCGGGAGCUGCCCGAGAGCGUGAUCCCCGCCGCCUUGCGGCCUCGGUUCCUUCAGCUCUUCCAGGAUGACAGAGAUGAUGCUCAGGAGAAUAGCUUAAGAGCCUUAAUAAAAGAGCUGCCAGACACGCACUACUGCCUCCUCAAGUACCUCUGCCAGUUCUUGACAAAGGUAGCCCAGCACCAUGUGCAGAAUCGCAUGAACAUCCACAAUCUCGCCACUGUGUUUGGGCCCAAUUGCUUUCAUGUGCCACCUGGGCUUGAAUGCAUGAAAGAACAAGAUCUCUGCAACAAGAUAAUGGCUACAAUACUAGAAAAUUACAAUACCCUGUUUGAAGUAGAGCACACAGGAAGUGAUAACCAGAGUUAUGAAAACCCAACAAAGCUUAUCAUCGUAAAAGAGGCCAGUUGUAAGAACUCCAUAUCUAUCCUUCUACCAAAAGACUUAGAAAAAGAUGUGCAAAAACCAUCUCCAAAAACCAAGAUCCCAAAGUCUAAGAGUGAGGGAUCUCUUCAGGUCCACAGGGUUCCAUGGCCAGAGCGACGUGAUGGUGUUGCUGAGGUCACCCUGCGGCAAAGUCGUAGAAACCCCGGCUGGGGUGACAUGAAUUCAGCAGAGGACACUUGUGGGGCCAAGACAACCAGUUCACAGGAGGAUGAAAGACCCAUGUCACCUUUCUAUUUGAGUGCCCGUGUACCCCAAGUCAGCAAUGUUUCAGCAACAGGAGAACUCUUAGAAAGAACUAUCCGGUCAGCUGUGGAGCAGCAUCUUUUUGAUGUUAGUAGCUCUGGGGGCCACGGCUCAGAGGACUCAGAACCUGGAGCAUCCCUAGCCCCUUCCACCUCAUCCGCCAGGCAGCGCCGCCGCCAGUCCAGAGAGCAGGAUGAAGUUCGACGCGGCAGAGACAUGGGACUCCUCAACAAAGAAAAUAUUCCUUCUGGGCUCAGCAACCUUGAUGAUUGUAUUUUGAAUGCUCAGGAAGCAGAAAAUUUACAUGAAAAUACUUCUGGUUCUAUUGGAGAAAGGAGCAAACUCAAACGUCAGAAAUCCAGUUCCAGACUUUCUGAUCUCAAUGAAAAUCAAGACAUUCUUGUGAAUAUGGAAAGUCUCAACUCCAAACCAUCUCAUGAGAGGGCUAGACCUGAUAAUAUUGAACUGAUGUCCGAUGACAGCAAAGAAAAUGAAAAAGACAGUGGCCACAGCCAGCAUUUUGAGAGCCCCGCCAUGAAGAUCCAGGAGCACCCCAGCAUCCCCGACACCAAGCUGCAGAGGGCUCCUGACGCCGGCGCCCCGCAGGACGGCUUCGCCUUGGAAGGGCCCCAGCUGGACCUGACCGCCUUGUGUGAGGACAAGAGCUGGGCAGAUCCCAUGCCUGCUUUGUCCUCCUGGCAGCAGGAGAAUGGGGACUCUGACGAUGCGCCCCUCUCCCCACCCACCGGCCGUCUCAUUCGUCAGCUUCUGGACGAAGAUAGCGACCCCAUGAUCUCUCCCCGGUUCUACAAUUAUGGGCAGAGUAGGGAAUACCUGGACGACACGGAAGUGCCUCCUUCUCCCCCAAACUCCCACUCUUUCAUGAGGCAACGGAGCUGCUCUCUGGGGUCCUACGAUGACGAGCAUGAGGACCUGACACCUGCCCAGCUCACGCGAAGGAUUCAGAGCCUUAAAAAGAAGAUCCGGAAGUUUGAGGACAGAUUCGAAGAAGAGAGGAAGUACAGACCCUCCCACAGCGACAAAGCAGCAAAUCCUGAGGUUCUGAAGUGGACAAACGACCUUGCCAAAUUCCGGAAACAGCUAAAAGAGUCAAAACUAAAGAUAUCUGAAGAGGACCUAACCCCCAGGCUCCGGCAGCGAAGCAACACACUCCCCAGGAGUUUUGGUUCCCAACUGGAGAGAGAAGAUGAGAAGAAGCAAGAGGUGAUAGAAAAAGCCAUCAAGCCCAACAUGGAAGCCACGCUGGACUCCAUCCAGCGGAAGCUGCAGGAGAAGCGGGCGGAGAGCAGCCGUCCUGAGGACAUUAAGGAUAUGACCAAAGACCAGAUCGCUAAUGAGAAAGUGGCCCUGCAGAAAGCUCUGCUGCAUUAUGAAAGCAUCCACGGACGGCCGGUCACCAAGAACGAGCGUCAGGUCAUGAAGCCUCUCUACGACAGGUACCGGCUGGUCAAACAGAUCCUGUCCCGAGCCAACACCGUGCCCAUCAUGGGUUCCCCUUCCAGCAAGCGGAGGAGCCCUUUGCUGCAGCCAAUCAUCGAGGGCGAAACUGCUUUCUUCUUCAAGGAGUCAAAGGAGGAAGAGGAAGGUUCAGAAGAUGACGCCAACGCCAAGCCAGACUUCACGGUCACUCUGAACACCGAGUUCAGCGCUCAUUGCUUCCUCGACCAGUUUGAAGAAGGCGCCGAUGGGUUUAUUUCCCCGAUGGAUGACAAAAUGCCAUCGAAAUGCAGCCAGGACUCCGGGCUUUCAAACCUGCAUGCUGCUUCGAUACCAGAACUCUUGGAACAGCUUCAGGAAAUGAGAGAAGAAAAGAAGAGGAUUCGAAAGAAACUUCGUGAAUUUGAGGACAAUUUCUUCAGACAAAAUGGAAGAAGCGUCCAGAAGGAAGACCGCACUCCGAUGGCCGAAGAGUACAGCGAGUAUAAGCACAUCAAGGCGAAACUGAGGCUCCUGGAGGUGCUCAUCAGCAAGAGGGACGCCGACUCCAAGCCCCUGUGA